GUUUAUCAUCCAUACCCAUUUGCUGAGCGUGCAUGAGUGUGUGUAUGUGUGUCUAUCUACGCGUAUAUACGUGUGUUUGCCCGUGGCAAGCAAGUAGGAAGCACCAAGCGAGCGCAUUGCAGAGGUCUUUCUGCAAGCUCUUCCUCUUCUUCCAGUGUUGGACCACCUGCACCACGUCCUCAGUCUGUUCCGCCGUGGGUGCAAGGUCUGCAAAUCCACCAAAGGUCUGAGCGAGUGAAUGUGUGACUGUGUUGUCGCUGCUGUUCCUGCUGCUCCUGCUGUUUCUUUCCUCCUUGGUUGCUUGCUUGGUUGCUUGGUGGCUUGCUUGCCCGCUUACUUGCUUGCUUAGCGCUGUUAGAUCGUCCUCGGAGGCAGCGGCCGGACUCCGCACUCCGAGAAGACCGAGGAAGGGAGAGGGGAUCGAGAAGUGCUUUUUCUUUGGGCUCUAUUUGAUCAGGAGGACUUGAUAAUCCAAGUUGUGUACCCAAACCAUUUUGUCUUCUCUUUCGUUGUGAAGACUCGAGGUGGGUUUUGUUUGCUUCUGUCGUCUCUCCUGAACACACACUACUGCAGUGAGUGCUUGCUUGCUUGCUUGCUUGUGUGCUCCGAAUACACCAACGACGAGAAGGAACGAGGAGGAAGAAGAAGAAGAAGAAGAAGAAGGAACGAACGAGAAGAACUAACAAAGACCAACGAUCGCUGCCGCUCUCUUGGUAUUUGAACACGCAGACCUUGUUAGCCAAGCAAAUCUUCACCUUGGAUCUUCAAGGACCCGGGUGGAACAUCGAUUACCAAGAGAGUCUCAAAGUGGGAUAGAAAAAGACUUGAAAUCGUCCGGAUCACUCUAGACCAGCGACGCAAAACGGACCUAAGCCUUUAAUACAAUAUCCGAGACAACCCUCUGUGUGUUGAUGAGUUGAUCCAUGUGCAUGGAUAAUUGACCCAACAAUAAUGUUGGCCACUGAUCCUCUGGUGUGUGCAUUGCACUCCCAAAACGUGAUGUUGCCUGAUCGGCUCUACUUUUCCAAUAUUGAGUCCAUGUCGGUUCAACAACCAAGCUCUGUAACGAGAAGUGAACCAGACUCGGACUUUGAAUAUGAUUUCUACAGCGAAUGUAGCUCUCCAGGAGGACAAAUCUCCCCUCUUAGGGCAAACACCCCUCCCUCGUCGCCACACUUGGACUCUAAUCCUCCAAGUGGAGAGGGCACGACGGCUAUCGCGUUCCAAGAACUACCAAGUACUGGUCCAGCACUUUCUACAGACGAGCCAUUCCUCGGGUCAUAUAUAUUGGGCUUCGGGGACGCAGAGGACAUCGAUGAAGGGUUAUGCCUAACCCUUAACUUUGAAAACAGCCAGAGGAAGCCCCAAGUUUUAAGCACCAAAGAAUCUUCAGCCUCAGAACUCUCGCUUCUGUUACUAUCAUCAGCAUCCUCCUCAGCAUCCCAAGGUGAAACUCACCGAUUGGCGUUCAACUCUUCAGGCAAGUCGUCAUCGGCGUCGUCAUCGGCGGCCCAAUCGUUCUCAACUGUGGGUGAAAAGACGUCGGUGAAAAGUCGUCAGCAUGCGUGCCAAUACUGUGAAAAGCUGUUCAAAACCCGCUCCAACCUAAAUCAGCAUGUUCGUACUCACUUGGGUGCCAUCUUUAAAUGUGACAAGUGCGACAAGAAUUUCACGGAGAGCGGCUAUCGGUACCAUCUCUUGACCCAUCGCCAGGAGAAACCUUUCAGCUGCCACAUUUGUGCCAAAUCGUUUGUUCAAAACAAAUUGCUCCAAAAACAUAUUUCAUCGUGUCACUCGGAAGUGAGGAAAUUUAGUUGCCAACAUUGCCCUUCGUCUUUCAAGAGGAAGGACCAUCUCUCCCGACACAUCAGCGAUCUCCAUGACGCAAGAGAAAAGCUCUUCAAGUGCAAGUUUGAUGAAUGCAUCGCCAAAUUCAAUUCAACACGCAGACUGCGGGUUCAUGAGCGUAGACAUCAAGAGCGAUCUCGGUUCCAUUGUGAGAUAUGUCCCAUGAAAUUCUUAAGAAAACGUCAGCUGACCGAGCAUUUAAAAAGGAAGCAUGCCUGUUCAGACAUCAGGACUGACGUCGAGACCGUCUUAUCCAAGCUACAAGAAGACGAUGAUCGGGCGUUCGACGAUUUCUUGGGUGAGAUUCUGCGGGCCGAUGACGAACUCAAAACGAAAAACCCUCCUCUUUCCAAAGCAAUCUCAAUGGAAAUAGACUUGUCUACCAACCCACCAAACGCUGGAGAUAUUGUUGUUUGGUAGGAUAAUUGGCUCGAUUCGAGACUGGAACGUCUUACUUAUAGAAUAUAAAAGUGCACAGAAAAUCUAAUCAUUCAUUCUUGCAAAAAACAUAGAUCGUUGAUUUAAAACAUUGAUCGCAUUUUAAUGUGAAUGAAAUAUCUAUUCCUAACAUCCCUUUUCAGGCCUGAAAUAAAUGUCAGCGUGUCCAAACCAAAA